GGCGGCGGCGGCGGAACGGGCGGAGGCUACCAGUUUCGUAACCGUCGCUCCUCCUCGGUGACUCGCGGGCUGCGAGGCCUGGGUCCGUCGGGCCGCGCCGCGCGGGGCCGCUCGGAGUGGAGGCCGCCUGGGGGCGGGCGGGCUGGAGGCGCAGGUACAUGUGAAGAUUUCUUGGCAGCUUAGUGUGGAAACCAUUGAUCACUUUGCUCUCAUUUCUGCCUGUUCUGUGUCCGCAAGAGAGAGAGCCCAAAUGAGCAAGAUAGCCCAGCAGAACAGCUCUCCGGGAAUAAGUGUUAUUCAUACUCAGGCUCAUGCCAGCGGCUUACAGCAGGUUCCUCAGCUGGUGCCUGCUGGCCCGGGGGGAGGAGGCAAAGCCGUGCCUCCAAGCAAGCAAAGCAAAAAGAGUUCGCCCAUGGAUCGCAACAGCGAUGAGUAUCGUCAGCGCAGAGAGAGGAACAACAUGGCUGUGAAAAAGAGCCGGUUGAAAAGCAAGCAGAAAGCCCAGGAUACACUGCAGAGAGUGAAUCAGCUCAAAGAAGAGAAUGAACGGUUGGAAGCAAAAAUUAAAUUGCUGACUAAGGAAUUAAGCGUACUGAAAGAUUUGUUUCUUGAGCACGCACACAACCUUGCAGAUAACGUGCAACCCACUAGCACUGAAAAUACAACAGCUUCUGAUAAUGCAGGCCAGUAGACCUCACCUCUUCAAAACUUCACGACUCGUGGCUUGAACGUUAAAGGUGUGACUGCCUACACCAUUCGUAUCAAUGGCUGAACACGGUCUCGUUCCAUUAUUCAAAGAUCCACUGAAGGUUGUUUUCCAGGAUCAGCACUGAAGGGUUGAUAAGCUUAAAAAUGUUAGCCAUGUAAUUUGAAUAUCUAGUUUUAAAUGAUAGGGAUUUUUUUGUGUGGUUAAAACACAUUUUUAAGGUAUAUGGUUAAAAAAAAAAAACAAAAAACACACCCCUGGACCUUGAUGUUCUUAAUAAAUCCUCACUUCCCAAGAAAUGCUUCUUUUGUAGGUUGAUAAAAGGAAUGGGGAACUGGCAGAUCCUGCAGAAGGGUCUUGGUUUUAUUGGAGAUGAUUAAUUAGACUAAGGAAAGUUGAAUGCCAUCUAUGUUGAUUGUGUUGUGAUUUGUUUUUCUAAAUUAUGUAUUAAAAAUCCUUAGGGCUAUAGAAAUCAAUCACUUUGUAAUUUGGAGUGAUUUUAUGUAUAACAUAAACCUUGUUUUAGCCUAAUUAGUACUCUUUUCCCCCAACAAGUGUAAGUUUUUUUUUUUUAGUAUUGGUGCCAGGUUAAGUAAAUUCUGUUGCGUUUUAAAGGCAGCAUUCUGCCAGUUGGCUUAAAAAUGCAAAUAAUUAGGCAAAUAGAUUUCCUAAAAAUAACAGUAAAGCAUAUUAGAAUUAUCCUUUUGGGAUACCUUUGGGUUAUUGGAUUGGCAUUAUUUUGUUUUCUAACAAGAAAAAACCCCCAAGAGUUGUAUAUCACAAUUUUUGUUUCUGUAGAUGGUGGUCAAAUAAGUAAAUAUUUUUAAAAUACCAUUUUGACAGUCAAGUUAGUAAACAAAUGCCUUAACAGUUUACAGAUUGGGAUUUAGGUAGUUUCUCCUGUGUCUAAAUAUCUGAAAUGGAGCCAUGAUUUUUAAAGGCAUAAAUUUCUUAUGAAGGAUCAUUUGGCAUUUGAUCCUAACCAAGUGAUUAUUAGAAAAAUAUGUCAUCAACUCUAUGCUGUCUCCCAAAAUAGUAGUCUAAGAAAACUUGAAGUGUAAGGUUUAACCUUUAAUUUAUUUCACUUAAAUACAUCUUUUUAUAUUGUUUUUGUGAUGUUUCUUUUUCUAGUUAGUGGGCUCUUAUAGACUUUUUGUACCACUGCUUCUGUUUGUUCAUUUGUAUGCUUUUGUGUCCCAUAAAUUAUUUUAGAAAGAAAAUACUGGUAAAACUCAGGAUAGUGACAUUUUUGUUGAGACUAAAAAAUGGCCGUCGCU